AUAUGCAACAUAUAUACAUGUACAAAGAUUUAGAUAUAUAGGUGUAUUUUGGUUGUAGUGUCAUAGGUGUCCUUAUGGGUGCUCAAAUUAUUUGAGAAAAGUCUUCAGAGGCUGAGAAAUAGUAGGUGGUGUAUUGACUCAAAAUCUUCGUUUUUUUUAGUUUUUUUUAUAUAAUUUUUUUUGGGUGCUGAUUAAUUGGGGGGGUUUAGAAGAAAAACAGAGAGAGAAAACCCAUGAUUUUAAAGAUGAGAGGUGGGGCACUGAUCUAGAUUUAUGGGAAGAGAAGCCAAAAUCUUGAGGUUUUUCUGGGAAGUUUGGUGAUUCUUUGGACAAAAUCUCAACUUGAGACAAAAGCUUUUUGUCUCAAGUUGUAAGUUCUACUACAUAGUCCCAAUUGCUUUCUCUUUUUUUGUGCUUUGCUGUGUUUGGAUCAAGAAAUUGAGAUUUUCCUUCUGCUUCACAAAUCUUGCUCAAAUUCUUGAUCCAAACAUAGGCUUAGUGAUUAAUAGUUUUAGGGCAUUGAUUUUUAUCUGUUGUCUGAUUUGAUUCAUGUACCUUGUUUUUUUUCUGAAAUCAGAGGAUUGGUUAAAGAUAGCAAAAAAGGGGGUAAUUUUAGUGGUCUCAAGCAUUAUUGUAAAAAAGGUGAUUUUGGUUUGUGUGGUUGAUAAAGUUUUGGAUCAAGAUUGUCAAGAUUUAACUACCCAUUUCAAUUGCACUGCUUUUUUGGAUUUCUUGUGUUGAUUUAAUAAUAAAGGAUUGUUUGGGUUGUUUCUCUGAUUAUAACCAGAAGUCACUGACUAUUGAAACCGCAGUGUAUUGAUUUGAAAUCAAUCCAAUUGAGAAGAGAAAGAGAUAAUAAAAGUAGUUAAAAAGAGUAGUUUAAUUUGGUUGUGGAACAUUUCUAGGGCUAGGGUUCCACAGUGAAGGGAGUUGAUGGAGGAAUUGUCUUCGGCAAUUGCUGUGCCAUUUGUGUUGGGUAACUUGAUCUAUGACGAGUCAAUUGGUACAACCCAUAUGGAAAUCAAUGGGAUUGAGCUAGUCACUAGCAAACCCUCUGUAACCAAGCUUCCUUUGGUGUGUAUUGGCACCGGAAAUGGAAGUUACGGUUGUAAUAAUCUUGAGGGUGAAUCUAGUAUAGUGACGGUGUCUGCAAUAGAAGAACUCAAUAAAGGAAGAGUGAAAACAAAGACGGUGACUGAAAGUGGAAAUGUUUUGGUUUCAAGUGACACUGCUGAUCAAGAAUGUGGAGGGGCCGAGGAAUGUAGAGCUUUAGAGGGGAUUUCUAAGACGGAUUUGCAAAAUCCUAGGAAUAUUCUAAAAAACAGUGGGAAUAUUCCGACUAUUAAUAAUUCUGAUUUGUUGGAGACAAAUACCACGCCGAAGGCUGUAGGGAAUCUGGCUACGGUGGCAGUGAAUAGUGAGGUUGAGGUCAUUGAAUCUGAUGAGAAAUUGUCUAGUGGUCUUAUUGAGGUGUCACAGGAAAAGAAGAUGAGCGGAACAGGUGGUCAAAGUGUCUUUGAGUUGGGUUGUGUACCGCUUUGGGGAUGCACAUCUAUCUGUGGAAAGAGGUCAGAGAUGGAAGAUGAUGUUGCAACUUUACCACAAUUUUUGAUAAUACCUAUUGAAAUGCUAAUGGGCAGUCAAGCUUCAAAUGGCAUGAAUCAAAAUAUAAGUCAUGUAACGGCUCAUUUUUUUGGAGUCUAUGAUGGACAUGGGGGCUGUCAGGUUGCUAAUUAUUGCCGCGAUCGCAUUCAUUUGGCUUUGGCUGAGGAGAUAGAAAUUGCAAAUGAGGAUUUGCGUAACGGAGGCUUCAGGAAUAAUUGGGAGGAACAGUGGGAGAAAGCCUUCUUGAAUUGUUUUCUGAAAGUUGAUGCCGAGGUUGGAGGAUUUCGCGUAGGUAGUCGAGGCAUUGCUGAUGCCUCUGAGGGUUGUCUUGAACCAAUUGCUCCGGAUGCUGUUGGAUCUACCGCUGUGGUUGCUAUUGUUUGUCCAACCCACCUCAUUGUCGCAAAUUGUGGUGAUUCAAGGGCUGUUCUAUGUCGAGGGAAAGUGCCACUGCCAUUGUCAGUAGACCAUAAACCAAACAGAGAAGAUGAGCUUGCAAGGAUAGAAGCUGAAGGAGGCAAGGUGAUUCAGUGGGACGGAUUCCGUGUUUCAGGUGUACUUGCAAUGUCAAGGUCCAUUGGUGACAGAUAUUUGGAACCAUAUGUUAUUCCGGACCCAGAAACGAUGUUUGUUCCACGAACGAAAGAAGACGAAUGCCUUAUCCUAGCCAGUGAUGGUCUGUGGGAUGUCAUGACGAAUGAGGAGGUUUGUGCCGUGGCACGAAAGCGGAUCCUUCUCUGGCAUAAAAGAUACGGUGAUACCAUCAUGUCUGCGGAACGAGGCAAGGGAGUUGAUCCUGCAGCUCAAGAUGCAGCAGAUUACCUCUCAAGACUUGCUCUCCACAAGGGAAGCAAAGACAACAUCUCUGUGAUUGUUGUGGACUUGAAAGCUCAAAGGAAAUUUAAGAAGAAGACUUGAUGUCGGCACUCAACUAAACGAUUUGGAGCUGAUGAAGACAAAGAAGCACGAGAGCUGUGCCCGCACAAUAUGCUUUUCUGCAGCUUUCCCUCCAAUGAAAGAUUAGAUAGUUUUGGGCAGGACAGAUGGGAACCAUGAGGUAAAGCCUCUGUAAAAGCAAUCGGCCAAAUGCGUGUGUAUAUUAGCUCCUCGUUCCCCCUCUUAUCUAGGUAUUCUUGGAGAAUAAGUUAAGCAUUAGUUCAUCACUCUUUCUUUUGAUUAUAA